AUGGAGUCAAACACUAACCUGCGCAUGUCCUUGAGGGCUCGCUACAACAGCUUCUCGAAUGGCACUCACGGAUGGGGCCUGCAUCCAUCGGUCCGCUACGCGCUCGCCGUCGGUGGCUUUUACUUGCCGAGCCGCGACUCGGAGCUCGCCCAGUGCGUCGCCUGCCGGUCACUGAUCCCACGAGCUGGCGCCAUGGAGGUCUUCGACAGCGCCGCCUGGUCCUCGGCCUCGUACCACCACCCCGGCUGCGGAUACGUCUACCAAGCCAGGAAGACCUGCACCAUAUGCGAGGUUGCCUUCUCCAGCGACCCGGAAUGGCUGAGACAUCACAUACUACACCACAUGACGCCCGAUCUUGAUGAGCCGGAGCCAGUGGAGACUACAGAGCCGCCGCAAGAUCACAUCAUCAACCCGCCUCCGAUCUCGCCUUGCUUCGAAGACAAGCCCACAACCCGGAGAGACCAGAAGCUGGCCGAGGCUCUCCACCAAAAGUCGAGAUGGACCACCAUGCAGAUGCUACUCGUCGCUCUCGUCCUGAUCCCCAAACUUGUGGCAUGCACGGUCGCGGGCGCGCAGCUCCUCGGCUACGAUCCUCCCAUCUGGCUCGAACAAGCCUGCGAAUCAUUCUUCGAGAUGUUCCGGCACGCUAAGCUCGUCGCCGAACCUGUCAAGACCUGGGUCGUGAGGCUUGCUAGUAUGAUGAAGCUGUUCCGCUCCAUCCCGACUAAGACGGCACCCUAA